CAUUCUGUAUUUGACACUGAAUCACCAAACUACAAGGAGCAGACAAAAGCACAGCUUGAAGCUACUUGUAUCUUGUUACGCAGAAGAAAAAAUGGAUUGGAGUGAACUGUUUUUUAUUUCCCUUGGUUUUGCAGUUGUUGCCUACUACGGGCUAAAACUUUUGCUUUUCAGCAGGAUGCUUUUUCCAAAACUGUUCUUUCCUCUUCCAGAGACCUUUUUCACUUCAGUGGGAGAGUGGGCAGGUGAGUGUGUGUGCCUGUGUAUGUGUGAGGGUGUACUGUGCAUGUGCUGAGAUGUGGCUUGUAAAUACUAAGACUUUGGUACAUGGGUCAAUUACCAUACAACAUUUUAGAUUUCCAUAACACUGAGUAAAAAUGGUGAAGCUUUAGUCAUGAAGCAGCAGCUUUAUGUAUUUUAGAUCAUAACUGAGGUUUGAGGAAGAAGAGCAAAAGUCACACAUUUAUCUUUGGCAGUCACCGGCAAGCAGAUUUCCCAUCAUGCGGAGUAUUUUUCAGAAUGAAAUCAAUUGUUCUGUAUUUGCCUAGUGGUGUUGACUCGAUUAUAGUUAAAUAAACAGAUUUUAACAGCUGUGUGCUGAGAUAACUGCCCUACUUAUAAAGAUAUAAUCAUUUGCAUUUGAGCGUUUCAAGGCACCAGAAUGUGCCUGAACAUGCACAGCUGAAAAAAAAAACGUACAGCUCCUGUCUUGCUUUUGGAUGAGUUUCCAGAUUUCGCUGUUACACAAGAUUAAACCUGUAUCAUGCUGACGCCUUAAGUGAUAAGUCAUGAAAUUUUCUUAGGAGCCAUGUGUUCAUAUCUUUUUCAGAGCAGAUCUGCUCAAGUUUUCUGCAGAAUAACAUUGACUGUAAUAUAUUCACUGAUUCAGAGUUCUGGGUAAAUUACAGACAACUUUAUGAAUGUAAUGAAAGUGGGCUGAGCAGAGACUAAAUAACAGAGACGGAUGCAGGACAAAAAAGGCUCUAUUAUUAUUUGAAUAGCAGGCGGUCUGUCCAAACACAACAAACAAAUCGAGCAACCAAAAGAGCGGGACAGAAUUUGGGGUUGGCUAAGUCACAACAGAUUUGAGUCCUCACCAUUUGAGUUUCAUUGGCGAUUUCAUCCUGCAGCCAUAUUUAUCACCCACUUUCUUGUUUUGCACUUUUGCACUGGGUUUCUUCUGUGUGUUUAGCUUCUUUUUGUUUGUCUAGUAAUACAGUUUGCUCUUGCUUUACGUUACAUGAAUGAAAUUGCAUGGGAUUUUAUCAGGUUAACCAAUGGGUUCAUUUGUCAAAUUGCUUACCAGUUGUUUGACCUGUGAACCAGUUGGGAGGCAUGAAGUUUCUCAACCAUGUCAGCUACAGGCUACAGCCUCUGUGAGCAACAGCUGAUAUUUUAGGGGCUUCAACUCAGUCAGAUGAGCAAAUAGGGAUCAAGUGAAGAUUUUCUUUCCUCUUCUCUUGCCCUUUGCGUGCGCUCUUCAUUGUUGACACUCUGGGCAGCAACGUGGGGCAUUACAUGACAACUGAUCAAGGUCAGAGACUCAUCUUUGUUUGAACUGUGAGCUGCACUCACAUGCUGAUGUCCCUCUGGUGUAAUAAAGUUAAAAUGUUGUAAAAUCAUAACUCAAGGGUUCUGGGAUUUUAGUGGGAUGUCCAUGUUCAAUCCCUUUUGCCUUCACUUCCAUUCUGCAAAGAAACUAGUGGGUGAUACGACCCAGGCUGCAGAUGGGAACCAGAACACUUGAGUCUCUCAUCCGAUUCUGCAUCCAUCGUACUCUGAAUCUGUGUUUAGAGAUAAGGUUGAGUAAAGAGAGAAAAUGAAAACACAUCCUGGCUUUGGUGAACUUGUGCUGUUGCUAGGCCCUGAGCAGAAAUUGGGCAAAUAUCCAAAAAUCAAGACAUUAGGCAUCCAAUGAACUCAAGGGAACAAAAAGUAAUAGAGGAAGUAAGGAGUAUCUUAACAUUGUUCACUAAUGUCUUAUGGUAAACAGAUUAACUCUUUUUUUAGACAAAAUUAAGGCAACAAGUAAGACUGCUGCCAAAGGGAACAUUCCCUGUACACAGGACAGAACAAACUGCCCUGCCUUCUUAAAACAUCUUCCAGUGAAACCCCUUUAGGGUGAGCCGAGAGACAGAAAUAAAGAUAAUUUGGACUCAAUACUAUUUUCCUGAGCUGGUGCAAGCAAUCAAGGAUCUGACUGUCCUAUAAACUUGGGGGCAGCCUGAGUACACUUUAACCCUAACACAGCUGAACAGAUGCUCUCAACUCUGCACACCACUCAAACCAAGUCACGGUGAUCACACCGAAACAUUCCUGUGCAAGUCCCAUAGCAGUCUCAUCCACUUACAAGAAAUGCUUUGGCAUCUUCUUUAGAAGUUAUUCAGUCUCCCACAGACCUAGAAAAAGCCCUAUUAAAAAAAUAGAAUACUGGGCUGAUCUGUCUUUUGUUCCUGAAGCCCACUUUCAAUCCUCUCCAGCAUAGGGGGAAAACAGCCACCAGAACAGUGUGUUCUAGCCUGCAGAAAUCCUGUCCCUCCACUUUAAUACCCAUUGUGACCGUUUGAAACCAAAUCUGCAUGAUCUGGUCUCACCCGCUCAGUGCUUAAGUUGUAAGAGGUCUCAGAUGAAUCUGGUGCAAGGAUAAUAAAGUUGGAGUCUAUUUGAAUGCAUGUGCCCCCUUGCAACACUCUUUACUUUUUUACGUGCAUUGCUGUCAUUUGAGCCAAUUUAAUAGACAGAGAGCAGGUUAUGGUUUUAUUAUUGCUGGUUGCAUCAGUUGCCUGACAACCUCUUUUUGGCUCUCAAACUUAAUCCCCACUGUGAAAACAAAAAAAAAUCUAGGAAAACUCAGACAAAGUGAGCUAUUUAAAGCUUCAUGAACCACUUUUCUGACCCCUAUCUGCCCUUUGUCCAGCCACUUAGCACUCUGGUAGAGCUGCACUUACCUGUUGAUUAUGACAAAUUGGAAAAAAGAAACAUGGGAAACUGGAGAGUCAAUCAUCAUCUAUGAAGGGCACUAAGAAAAAAAAUAGCUUUUAAUAAAACAACAAACAAACAAACAAACAAAAAAGCACUUGAAAUAAGAUAAAUCCACAGUGUGGGUCUUGCACAGAAAGUGCAAGAACUCUAUCUGAGGCAUAUCUGACAAUGGUCAGAACACUUGCAUCCUCGGUGGGUCAGUGUUAAGAAAAAAGCAGAGUUGGUGCAUGUUUUCAGAACCUAAUAUUGGUAAAUCAAAUUUCAUGUCUUUAUCUGAAAUGGACUUAACUUUGAUAUAAUACUUUGAAACUAUGAGGAUAUUGUUUUUUGUCCUCAGUUGACCUGGAGUUUAUCCAACUGGGCAAGAAUCCAUUGAUAGGAGCGUGAAGAACCAGAGGAAUCAAUUUCAUACAAUAAAACCAUCUUUUGAUUACUAUUCACUACUAUUUUGUUUGUCAUGUAAUAAUGGAAAUAACAUGCAGCGAGGAGGUGGUCGUGUGAGUUUGAACUCCAUUAGGAAGCCAGGAUUCUUAUUUGUAUGAUCACCUGAUCACAAUACAUGGGUCUCAAUUAUAUUCAGUUUGAUGAAUAAAUGGACUCAAAUUGUUAAUGCCCUCUAAUAGUUAAUAUUUUUGGCACAAAUUGUCUUACAUAUUAUCUAAAUUUUCCAAAUAACAUCAAAAGUAAGUCAGAUAAUCUGUCAUUUUGUAAACCUGGGAACAUCAAGUAUAAAGUCAACUCUGAUUUAUAGAUAAAAACAGGAAUUUUAAAACUGAAAAUUCCCUGUUUUUAUACCAAACAGACAGAAACAUUCAAUUAUCAUGGCGACUUUAACAUCUUUGCAACGUUGGAGAUGUUCCUUCUGACAAAACUAUGAAUGAAUACUGGGCCAGUGUCUUUCAGUGGACCGUGUUAUCUCUUAGCUUGUCAUAAAAAAAAACUCCAGAAAUAAAUUGUUGAAAAAUAGUCCAUUUGUUUGAUCUUUUGAUCACACGGUGUGUAAACUAUUUUCCAAUGGCCCAUAUUAAAUUUUUAGAGCAUGCAGCUCAGUCAUCUGACACUGUCCUUAUUUGGUGAGUUAAAAAGACUGCAUGAAUUCAUGACUCCAAUUAUGUUUUUUUUAUUAAAGUAAAAGUUAAAUGAAUUCAGGCUAAAGUGCUGCUUGCUCUCUCUACGAUUACAUGUGUGCUUUUUCCUAGCCAACAAUGACUCCAUCCAAUUCCUUUCAUUCCAGUCUUUGUAAAUGCACGUGUAAAUCUCAAACUGGAUGUCAUCAGAUGCCAUUUUCCUUUUUUUUUCUUUUCCGGAAAUACUGAAGAAAAGAGGCUGUGAUUGUUGUGAUCAUGAUGAGGAGGAAAUGGGAGAGUGGUGACUCAGAAACACACAGUUCUCCUCUAAUCUAACAAAACUCUUUAUCAGAGCGGGGGGAACAGGCUGUUUUAGCACAGUGUGUAACAGGGUGGGUUUGGUAUUGUAAAUAAAAACAAACACAAUCCCCGGAUCUGUCUUGGAGCAGAUAUGAGGCUGGAUAGCUCUGAUUUACAGCACCCCUGGUGUUUAAAGAAGAAACUGAAAAAAAAUAAGAACAACCAAUAACUAUGAAGUACUUACUGAGUAAUUCCUGCAUCUGUUACAGUGGUGACCGGUGCUUCAGAAGGAAUAGGCCGAGCAUAUGCAUUUGAGGUGAGUUACGAUCCAAAUGACUGUCUCAGCAUGUGUGUAAGAUUUCUGGAAAACUUGAAAUUCAAGUAUUGGGCAAUUUCAUGACUUCACCAAUGCAAAACACCCACUACAAGUCAAGUCUUUUAAUGUACAUGAGGUAUUUUGCAUGUAUGAGUGUAUUUUUUGGGGGUGAGGGGCUUUCAGGUAUGCCCCCCACCACAAGGUAUGUUUGUGUAUCUCUAAAUUUCACUUGUGCCUCUCUCAGCUUGCCAAACAAGGAAUGAAUGUAGUUAUCAUGAGCAGAACUAAAGCAGCAUUGGACCAGGUGGCCAAAAAAAUAAGUAAACUAACUUUUCAUUUCCCUUUUAGUAAAUGUCUGACACUGAUUGCACCUGUAGACAUGUUGUUUGGAUUAUAAAAGGGUACAUCAUACUGGCUGUAAAGUUAACCAAAGAUUUUCUUUCUCUACAGGUGAAACAACAGGGCAGAGAGUAAAAGUGAUUGUAACAGACUUCAUGAAGGAAAAUGUGUUUGGUGAAAUUCAGGAUCAGCUCCGUGGCCUUAACAUUGGGGUUUUAGGUUUGACUGUCUUAUUAUUUCCCAAACUCCAGAAUAAUACUUUGCAAAGUCCUCAAGUUUUCUUCACAAACCUUUACAAUCAUCUGUCUCCCUAGUUAACAAUGUAGGCAUGCUACCCAAAGUCGUCCCGAAAAAAUUCCUUGAGAUUGAAGAGCUUGAUAAGGUCAGUGGUACCCCAGCAAUGGACUCAUUCAUAUAAAACCAAGAUGCAAAAACUCUACAACAAUAAACGUACAGAUCAGCAUAAAAGGUCUUCUAUUAACACAGUUGGGUGAUAAGUAAGAAAACCCUGUCACUAUUCUGUAGAGUCGUAGCUUCCCUCACAUUUAAAACAACCUUUUCACCCUGUUUAUGUUAUUUAAUUUCCUGUCCCUUUAGUAUCAGACAUGACACCUUAAUUAAGACUAAUGUUUAAAUGUGCUUUCAGAUAAUCACAAAGUUGAUUAACUGCAACGUGAAAACUAUGGCUAAGGUAAGAGUGUGUAUUUACUAUAAACAACAACAACAAAAAAACUCUGCACAGUCUAGUAUCUGAAACUCUUGACUUAAAAACAAAUCAAAGAAUCAUCCACAUUGUCCAUCUCUUACCCCAAUUAUUUACAACAUCUUUAUCAUCAGACCCUAGUCAGGCUUGGUGAAACUAAAAGGGGUAUAAUAUACUUUUAAGAGGUAUUGUUUUUACCUUUAUGAGUUAAAAAAGGAACUGACUGCAUUAAAGAGUCGGUAACACUUUACUUGACGCCUAUCUCUGUAACACAUUAUAAAUAUAUUUGUAAUGUGUUAUAAUCACGUUAUAGCACUGUAUAACUAUCGUUAUAAACACUCAUCAUCAUAAGACAUUAUAAAGCAUUUUAUCAUGACUUACAAGAUCAGGUAUUAUAAUGUGUUAUUCUUAUUUUUUAUAAAGCAAUAUGAUCAUUUAUGAGUGUUUAAAAUGAUAGUAAUACAAGUUUAUAAGCAAAUUAUAACACAACAUUUAACACAAAAUUAUACAAUUAAUGUAUAAUGCAUUAUCCAUGUGGGCAUUGUCAGUGAGUUGUUAACAGUAAUGACACAUUAUAAUACCUGACCUUGUAAGUCAUGAUAAAAUGGUUUAAAAUGUGUUAUGAUUGUUGCUAUAAAGCAUUAUGAUCAUUUAUGAGUGUUUACAACUAUAGUUAUACAGAGCUAUAUCAUGUUUAUAAUGCAUUAUACAUAUAUUUAUCAUGUGUUAUAGAGAUAGGCAUCACAUAAAGUGUUGCCUUAGUGUUAAAGAGUCCUUGAUUGUCUGGACUAUUUGAACUCCAUCAACCCUUAUACCUGUUGCUAAAACAUACUUUUUAGCAACAGUUUGCUGCUGUCCCCUGUCUGUCUGUCUCUCUCUCUCUCUCUCUCUCUCACCCUCGUUCUCUACUCUCUCUCCCUCCCUCUCCCUUACUCAUUCUCUCUCUCCUUCCCUCUAUCUUGUUCUCUUUCUCUUCCCCUGUCCUCCCUCCACUUCUCUCUCUCUCUCUCUCUCUCUCCCUCUCUCCCCCUAUCUCUCUGUAUUCCUCCCCAACCCAGCAGCAGCUUGGUGGCUGUCUGGCAUGAGUCUGGUCCUACCCAAGGUUUCUGCCUAUUAAAUGGAAGAAUUUCCUUGCCACUGUUGCUCUUGUUAGAUGAGAUGGGCCAAAUUCCAUUUUAGGUUGGGUCUUGAUAAUUCAUCAAACAAUGAGCAUGAUCCAGACCUGCUCUUGCUCUUUGAAAAGCAUCUUGGGAUGACGACUGUUGUGAAUUGGCGCUACAUAAAUAAAAUCUGAUUGAUUUGACUUUUUUCUCCUUUUUUUCCCAGAUGUGCAAAAUAACCCUUCCAGGCAUGGAGAACAGGUUCCCCUAACAUGUUUUCUUAAUAAGAUGUAAUGUGUAUUAAAAUGAUAUAAAACCCUGAAUGACACAGAUCUCUGGCCAUUAAUGUAAAGCCACUUUUUUUCCUGCCUCUUCAGAGGAAAAGGGGUGAUAAUAAAUAUCUCGUCUGGAGUCGCAUCUGUACCUUUUCCCCUGUACACCCUGUAUGCAGCAUCUAAAGUGAGUCCAGCUCAUUCAGAGCAUACUUAGUUUUAUGAUGAGGCUAAGUGAUCACUCAUGCAUUAAACUGUGCUUCUAUAGGUAUUUGUGGAGAGAUUCUCUCAAGCUCUGCAAGCUGAAUACAAAGAUAAGGGGGUUAUUAUCCAGGUACUCUGUUUUUAUGAUCUGUCUGUCUGUCGAAUUUUUAAAUCAAAUGGGCUCCUAUCACCCGCCACAAUUUUUCCCCAUUGUCUUUUCUGUCAGGCUGUAUCUCCAUUUGGGGUCUCAACACGGAUGGCAGGUUAUCAAAAAUCCAACCUAGUGACUCUGACUCCAGAGGCCUUUGUGCAAAGCUCCUUGCAAUACGUCAGAGCUGGAGACAAAACAUACGGCAGCAUCUGCCACAUGAUUCUGGUGAGAAUUACUGACCGUGACGCUGCAUAAUGCUGUUAAUGAGAAUGUAAAAGACUGACCUGUACUUUUUCAUGUGUGUGUGUGUGUGUGUGUGUGUGUGUGUGUGUGUGUGUGUGCGUGCGUGCAAAGGGCUGGUUGCUGCUGUCUAUUCCUUUCAAGAUUCUUUUUUCAGAGACUAUGUUGCACAGCCUGCAAGACUAUAUCAAGAAGAAAACAGAAGCGGGUCCAUCCAAGUCUGCAACACAUGUCGCUUUUGGAAACGGCGGACAUUGAGACCAAAAUUUCACACCCCUGCCAAGUCCAAUUGAGUGACCUUCACUACAUUCAGUUAUUUUGUAUUUCUGGGGUAAUUUCUGUGAAAAAAAAGUCAAACUGUUCAACUAUUCAGAAAAAUCAUUAAUGUACCUUUAUCAUUAACUAAUUGAAAAACAUAAUGUACCAAACUAUUGUAAAAAUCAGGAAACUCUCUGAUAUAACAGUUUUUUACAUUUUUUAUUACAUUUUGUCAAUUAAAGGCACUGUGAGGAGUUCUUAACUGGUUGAGAAACAGACUGAAACGUAUACUAAUUCCUCUUUAUGAGCCUCAAAACGAAACAAGACCAUCAGCAACAAGGCUGGUGAGAUCUCUGUUGUAUUUUUCAGAGCUUUAAAUCACGAUAAGGGGCUAGGUGUUAGAGCAGAUGAAAAGAAAAAUGCCUUUUGUACUCCUUUUUUAUGAUAAACUUUCACACUGAGUGGUAUAUUUCCCUGUUAAAAAACAACAGGGGGGAGGUUUUUGUCUAAUAACACUAUUUUCUUAUGUGCUGGACAAGAGACAAAAGACGUCACUUUGUCCACAGGGGGCACCAAAACAGGCUAAAAUGUUCCCACAGUAGCCUUAAGUAUUAAAUUAAUUAAACUGAAUUCAAGGGUUGACGCAAAGUGGCCAGAGCUAUAGCUGACUGAAUGAUAUCUUCACCACAAAAACUCAGAUCUUAUCAAGUAGAUUUGUCUAAUGAAUAGUCAAAAUAUCAUAGGACACCUAACUUAAGCUCAAUUUCCUUGAAAGGCCCAAAUAUCAAUCUUAUUUAAAGAUAUCUCAAGCCAAAAUGUUCUUGAUAAGUUUCUUAAAAUAUCAAAUUUUGGGAAAACUAAAUCUGAAGCCAUUUUUACGCCUUACAAUCAACAAGUUCUUGUUUUUGGCUUGUAAUAACAAGCCCAUAUAUACAAUGCUCAUGGGCCAUAUUUAUGUGCGCAGGGACUGUCCACAAUGUACAACACAGACAAAAGAUACUAAGAGAAUCAGAAACUUGGUGCUGGAGAAGAACAGAGUAAAAUAUCUUCUCAUAGAUCAAUGCUGUUGGUCAACAGUCAGUUCACAAAAAGAUGGAUUAAUAUAUAUAUUACUCCGCCACCACCAUGGUUGUACUCAGUAUUUUUUAGUUCAUUUCAAAUAUAGAACUUUAAUUUUGUGCUUUGUAUUAUUUUGUAAUGUAUCUUGGUAUUUAAUACUUUUGGUUAAAAUAACAUGAACCAGAAGCUUUUUUAUUUAAAAAAAAAAAAAAAAGUUGUCACAAAUAUUUUACAAGAAGAAUAAAGGUCAACUUAUUCAGUUCUUAACCACCAUGGUGCCUUUAUUAAAUUAAAGGGAAAAAAAAUCCCCUUCUCUUUCUGUCAUAUAUUGAAUAUAGUCUUUUCUUGCCAAAGUGACUGUUACAUAAUCCAACACAUUUAUCCUGCCAUUAAGUGUAAAUAAGAUUCCUGUGAUGUUAAGAUGAUGUCAAAGAUAUGCAUUAAAUAUGAUAUAUGAUUUGGGGAUUGGUUCAUACUGAGGUUGCACAGCUGCAGCAUGAAUUUAGAGUGCACAGUGCAAUGUCAAUUUUUACUGACUGAUCUCUUUAAUGCAGGUCUUGUCACUUUCCAGUAGGUGGCAGUGUGACCAUAAUGCAGUUUUCACUCUGAGGUUUGUUCAAGAAGGGACUUUUGUCCAACACGCAGCGUUUGAGUUUGAGGCAGGUUCUUCUGAUACCCGUCAGCAUCUUGUCACAGCCUGCUGGGGUUCUGUAUGUGUUUAACCACCCACCCACUCACUAUACAUUAUCCCUCAUAUGUAUUUUAUCUGAUCAUAAUGGUUGAAAAGAGUGAAAGCAGCACAAGCCCUUAUAACACCCUUUUUGGCCUCAGUAGUGACCCUGUAAUGUUUCUGACAGCAGCAACAAAACUCUGAUAUAAAAAUCUGUGUUAUUUGUAUUUUGCUCAAAGUUUUGUAUCAUCUAAAAACUUGUAAUUCUUGUUUCCUUUAUAGUUGAAUUUGUUGUACAUUUGCCCCUAUGUGUCUUGUUAAUUCUUGUUUUAACACAUGUCGUAAGUGUUGAGUAAGAAUCAAACAUGAUCCAGGAUGACUAACUUAACAACUCAUUGCUUUACUGCUGGUAUCAAAACACAUUCAGGACACACUUACUGCACACACAAAAACACACCUGUAACAGUCAUCAGUAUCAUUUCACCCUAAAGAAGGAGGAAACAUGGGAUCAGAUGAGUUUACCAGCCGUCCACUUCAGGUGUCAGUCACUGCUUUAAAUCCACAGAACCGGUCAGAGUGGGGAUUAAAAUGAUUAGUGACUACAUGGAUCUUGACAAAUGUGAAUGCACUAGAGACCUGGGUUUGAUACCCUGCUGCUUACAGGAUGAUGUAAAGUUUGAAGUCAUGCAGAAACAUUUACUCAGCUGUGCAGAGGCAGAACGAUACAACACUGCCAUUUGAAUUAUAUGUGCUACCAAAGAUGUCUGACCUGAAGAAGUCACUUCUCUAACCAGGGUUUUUAGGCAGCCAUGAUGAAUGACCCAUCCCCUCCCAUGAGCGAGACUGCAGAGAUCAGAGAGGAGAGAGAAAUCACAGUUACA